AUGGAUCUCCCACAAAGAUGUUCCUUCAGCCAACCUGCCCUCUUAUUCUACCUCUACUUCUUUGGCCUCCUGUCCCUCUCUACAUUCUUGUACUUGUGUGAAAAAAUGCCAUAUCAGCAGUGGAGGAUCAGCUUCAAGAAUGAAUCCAAGGAUAGUGGUAUAUGGACGGUGAACUCUGCUGGCCGUUUGGGAAACCAGAUGGGGGAAUAUGCCACCCUCUAUGCCUUAGCCAAGAUGAAUGGACAUCAAGCCUACAUCUAUCCCGACAUGCACCAGUACCUCUCACCAAUAUUCCAGAUCACCUUGCCUGUGAUCAAUGCUGAUUUGGACGAAGAAAUCCGCUGGAAGAACUUUGGUCUGCACGAUUGGAUGUCAGAGGAUUAUAAACACAUCAAAGGCAAGUACGUCCGGCUGACGGGCUUCCCAUGUUCUUACACUUUUUAUCACCAUAUCCGUCAAGAGAUACUUCAGCAGUUCUCCUUCCAUGACCACAUCAAGGAAGAAGCCAAUCAAUAUCUUCAGGAGCUAAGAGGGCAGCGCCAGGAGGUGACAUAUGUUGGCGUGCAUGUCCGCAGAGGGGAUUAUGUCCAUUUCAUGCCUGAGGAAUUGAAAGGUGUGGUGGCUGACAGAGGCUAUUUGGAGAAAGCCAUGAACUAUUUCAGAGAGAAGUACCGCAACCCCAUCUUUGUGGUGACCAGCAAUGGGAUGGAGUGGUGCAAGAAAAACAUCAAUGCCUCCAGCGGGGAUGUUUAUUUUUCUGGGGAUGGGCAGGAGUCCUCUCCAGGGAGGGAUUUUGCUCUCCUUGCUCAUUGCAACCACACAAUAAUGACAAUUGGCACUUUUGGCUUCUGGGCCGGCUACCUGGCUGGUGGGGAGACCGUCUACUUGGCCAACUACACCCUCCCAGACUCUCCCUUCCUUAAGGUCUUCAAGCCCUCGGCAGCAUUUUUGCCUGAAUGGAUUGGGAUUGCAGCGGACCUUUCCCCUCUGCCGUCCAAGAAACCUUCCCAAGGGUGGCGCUUCUGGUUUACACAGGGUUAA